AAACCAUCGAUCGACCGAUCCCUAUGGUCCGAUGCAUUGUUCUUCAAUCUAUCAGACAGUAAGGCCUCCUUGUAAGAUCUUGUAUCCCUUACACUCCUGUUAAUAACACCUUUCUCUUUGAACCUUGAAAGAUCUACCAGUAAAACUUGCCAAAGGCUCAUGUGAAAUGUUGCCAGUUGCGACUAUAUUUUUGUGAGAGAAGUCAAGUCAGUAUUAACACCAACAAUUUGAAUACCACAAGAUGUACUUAACAUGGUGCCGCACUUCAUAACUUCAAUUAGUUUGACCUGAAAGUGAUAACAGGGAGGGCUGAACUUAUUGGGAUACUAAAGGUCACAGUGGAAAAGGGCACAAAUUUAGCCAUCCGGGAUAUGAUGACAAGUGAUCCUUAUGUUCUUCUAACUCUUGGGCAGCAGACUGUUUAGACGACUGUAAAAUCAAGCGACCUGAAUCCAGUUUGGAAUGAGGAACUCAUGCUAUCCGUUCCUACCAACUACAGGCCUGUGAAGUUGCAAGUAUAUGAUCAUGACACGUUCUCAGCGGAUGAUAUGAUGGGAGAAGCAGAGAUCGUUAUCCAGCCCUUGAUAACAUCUGCAAUGUCGUACGGUAAUCCGCAAAUGUUCGGGGAUAUGCAGAUCGGAAAAUGGCUGAAGUCGAAUGAUAAUGCCCUUAUUGAAGAUAGCAUCGUCAACAUCGUUGAUGGGAGGGUGAAACAAGAAGUAUCACUCCAGCUCCAAAAUGUUGAAUCCGGGGAAAUUUAUGUAGAACUAGAGUGGCUGCCUCUCGAUCAGUAAGCAUGUGUAGUGUAUAUUGGCUUCAAUUUGCCCUGUGGGUGUUAAUUUUGAAUAUAGGCAAUAAUUUGUUCUGAAGUGAACAUUUUAUUUGGAG